CUGUCAGUUUUUUUAUUGCUAUCGCACGAUUUUUCGUGAAGAAUUUUGUGCAAAGUGCAAAAAUGAGGAUAAAUUUGAAUAUUUUCGUGGUUCUCCUGUGCUAUUGUGGCUUAGGAUGGGCUGCUGAUGUGUCCUUGGAUGAGAUAGAGGACCAAGGAAGGUACACAAUUGAAGGCAGAGUGUAUCCUCCGGAAUUGUUCCCAGACUCAGAAUCACUCUGGCAGAAGGACACGAUUGUUAACAUAAAUGGAGGUGAAUACCUGGGAUUCCUGCGCGAGGAUGGAUCCUUCAUCAUCAGUGGUGUUCCCUCUGGAAGCUACGUGCUCGAAAUAGUCAAUGCAGACUACAUCUACGAGUCGGUUCGCGUGGAAAUUAAUCCAAAAGGAAAAUUCCGAGCUAGAAAGGUGAAUUUCGUGCAGCCUUCACAGGUCAUCCAAGUGCCAUAUCCGUUAAAGUUGAAGGCACUUACUCGCUUCAAGUAUUUCCAGAUGCGGGAGCAGUGGAAGAUUACUGAUUUCCUAUUCAACCCAAUGGUUCUGAUGAUGAUUCUGCCACUCCUGCUUAUGCUAGUGCUCCCUAAGAUGAUGUCAGAUCCGGAAGCCAAGAAAGAAAUGGAAAAUCUCAAUCUUUCAAAGAUGACGAAUGAAAUGCCUGAGAUCAGCGAGGUCAUCACAUCCUUCUUCACUGGGGGCCAACCAAAGCAAGAGAAACAGAAGCCAGCUGUGAAGUCUCAGACCAAGAGAAGAAACAAAGAAUAAGUGCAUUUUAUUUUUUUUCUGCAGACCCAGCAUCUAGUCUGCGUCUAGGGUUGAGAUUGUGAAUUUUAGGUAAAUUUCUCAGUCAUAAAAAUGAAUAUUAGAAAGGAUUAUGUACCACAAUAAAUUUGUCCUCAGUA